AUGCUCUUGCGUGGCUGCCCGUGUCUAAGGAGGCGUGUGUCUGCCGUCUUGGACACUGUCGCGACUGGCCCCGAUGAGCCUCUUCUGUUUCUCUAUCCCCGCUGGGCUGCGCCUACUUUGCAACGUCGACGGAUAUCUUCCCUGAAACCGAUUGAUGCUCCAGCGAGGAUAGGUCAUACUUCCAGUGCCCCAUUUCGCGCAGCAGUCCGCCCCGGUCCUUCGCUUUCUCGACACUCGCGCCAAUGGAUUUCCUCUGAGUCUUCCUCUCGGUCUCCCGACGAUUCAAAUCCACAAUCUUCCCCUGCGGUGGCUGGAGAGGAACAUUCUAAAAUAGGCGAGGGCAAGGAAACUGGCCCUGAUGGUUCGAAUGAAGGUGGUAGAGUUUGGCUCUCCGCAGGUCAGGAACAACAUGUCAAUUCUCUCGCAGAUGCCGAACACGCCACUUCUCGGGAACCACUGCGUGGCUUCGCGUUGACGAGAGCGAAGAGAAUACAGAAAGGGAGACUGCACAACAAACCUCUGAACGCCAAACCUUCGUCUCCUACGCAGAAACAACUUUUUUUAAGAAAUACAUCGAUUCGAGAGCGGAAGAAGUUGCGGUUUCGCGAAUAUAUGAAGAAAAAAUAUCAAUCUCGUUCGGCAAAGCUCUUCGACAAUGCUUGGUUUGAUACUAAGGAGAUUCUGGACCAAGUGCACCGCGAUAUCCGGAAAAAUCCCAAGAAGUCUUCGAACAAGAAAGAGAUACUUGUACCAGAGGAGACCCUCGCCCUGUUUUCUGGUGUGACUCGUUAUACCCUGAAAGAGAAUAUUUGGUACAUCCCGCUCCACAAUGGAUGUCGUGUGCACAUCCUACCUGUAAGUCAGAGCAAGGGAUUACUCCGUCGGGUCGUUUUGAGUGCCACAGACCAUAUUAUGGCGCUGGUGGAAGGGCAUUUUACCCGUGCACAGAGCCUACAAGCUAUGGGAGAUCCCCUUGUUGAUAUCCACAAACCACCGGUUCCGAUGUGCAUUUCUCGGGGCGCGAUGCAGCGUUCGAAGAUGCCUGUACCGUUGAUUCGUGGAAAUUGGCAUUUCGGUGAAACGUCGGAUAGCAGCUCGAAUUUGGAUGAGAUUCUACUACCUCGUCCGCUUAUCGCCACUGUGAAGGAGUUCAACGAGCACGUCGAGGAUGUCACAUCUGCGAGACAACCGACGCUCGAUGAGAAGGCCAUGUCUCUAUCAAAGCUUCCACACGUGGUCCGGAUUAAACUACAUCUGAAGGCGCUAUUCAUGGAAGAAUCAUACUCCAAUUACAUCUCGACUGCGGCCUUAAAUAAUGCACUAGAAUUCCUUUGUCGACAUGAGUUCCUUGAAACUGCCCGAGUCUUGUGUUCAUGCACAGAGCAUGUGGCUACCACUGAUACAUAUAACAUCCUGUUGCGGGCUGCUGCGAGGCGUCAGGAUGUGGCUGUCUUCCGUCACUUCCUGCGGACGAUGCCUCGGUUACACAUGCGCCCAAACCCAGAAACAUGGCUCGCAUUGCUCAGCGCCCUGGUUGACCCCAGCGAAAAAGCCCAACUCAUUGAACAUAUGGUCCAGCGUGGUCAGAUGUCCAACCUUUCCACCAUCCACAGCGCGCUCCAGGAGACAAUCCAAGAUUCGCUUUUAGUGCAUUUGGACAGUGGAAAAGAUAUAGGUUCCUUCAUUGGCCUCAUGACCAAUACAUGGGGGGCCAAUUGGUUCAGCCCUUCCGUGGUUGGCCAGAUGUUCAGUGUGGUCGCUCGUUUGAAGGAUUUCGAUUCCAUAGACCGGCUCAUGGAAAUCUGCAUCGACAACAACCUCACCGUUGACAGUUAUCCGCUCAGCCAUAUUGUGCAAGCGCUGGGCGCGAACAUCCACGUCGCUUUGCAGUAUACCCUCCGGUUUUUCGAGCACCCUUUGUUCGAGGUAACCUCUCAAAAUUGGGAGGAUUUGUUUUUGGCCGCAUUCAGGCACCGCCAGUACAACAUUUGCCUGGUUAUAUGGCGAUAUUCUUGCAUGAAAAGAACCGUGACCUACAAGAUGAAACAGGCUGUCUUGACUUCCUUAUGUCGCAACGCGUCCUUUGGUAAGCCCACGAGACUCAACAAAGAUUUGUGGAGUUCCGAUGCCGGCAAGGUCAUUAUCGGUAUCGACGUACACCAUGAAAGCUACAGGCUUCCGGACUCCAUUCUGAACGAUAUCCCCUCCGAGUUCCGUCACAAUCCGAUUCUCUACCUCAUCGGAUGGAAGCCCAGGGGUGACAAGCGUGAUCUCCAAAUCCGCCUUGCCAAUGCCCUCAUUAAGCGUGACAUCAUCCUUGGUGCAACUCGCUAUGUCCCCCAGCAUCCUUCCCCGAUUAUGCUGGAUGCAGCGUCCAUCUUGGACAAGGAAUGGCGUGGUGUACCGCGGCCUCUGACUUGGAAGAUGCAAAACGCCAUUCAAGUUCCCGUUGUUCGCAAAGACAAAGACCGAGACCAAGACAAAGUGAAAGACCAAUAA